UGACGGUGGCACGCCGCGCGAAGUGAACGGACGCCAUCGAGGAACACGAUGUGAUCGUACGACUACGCGCUCGGUGUCUGUGUCGUGUAUGUUUGUGUAUGUGUUCGUGCACGCCUGUGUGUGUGUGUGUUUUUUUAAUGCGCUAAUUAUUAUUACUUAUUGUCGUGACGCCGCGAUACGCCUGUGACCAGCUGCGGGUGCGUCCAUCGUAAGUCGAUUAUAGUGCGAUCCCAGUGCGACAUGUCGAAGCUCGGCCGGCCGAGACGCCGGUGGUGUUGGCGGCGACGCGGACGGGACGUGUCGUUAAUGCUGCUCUUGUCGAUCGUGGCCUUUGUGUUGAACGCCGUUAGCGUGCACGCCUCAGGAGAUAACGAUUGCGGUCAUCCGCCCGUGCCGGUCAACGCCAAACUGGUCAGAGAAGGUUCGAAAGCCACUUACGUCUGCGACGACGGAUACAAACUUUUCGGUUCAGAAUCGAUAACCUGUUCAACCAACGGCGCUUGGACCGGCGAAUUACCAUUUUGCGGAACUAACGUGGCCGUGCACAAGCCCACCAACCAGUCGACCACGGCCAGGGGCGGUAAUUCGGGCAACGCAAACGACGGCGAUCCAACGACGGUGCACGACGGCCGAAGGUGCACGGAAACCCUCAAAGAACCUUCACCGUGGUGGUCGGUCGACUUGCUACAGCCGUACCCCAUCAAAGCCGUGUCCAUCACAACCCGGGGAUGCUGCGGCCAUCAACCUUUGCAAGACAUAGAAAUAAGAGUGGGAAACAGUAGUACCGAACUCCAACGGAAUCCAUUGUGUUCGUGGUUUCCCGGAACAAUAGAAGAGGGAACGACCAAAAUCCUCAGUUGCGCACGACAAAUAAUCGGUCAGUAUGUAUUCUUGCAGUUGGUCGGCGUCGAAGGGUCGUUGUCGUUGUGCGAGGUCGAAGUCUACUCGGCCGAAGAAUUUUCCGUUGACCGUUGCGCUCCGGGAAGUUCGUCACAGCAAACCGACGUGGCCGUGUUCGACAACAAGUGCUACGAGUUCAACGUGAACAAAGGUUCUUCGUUUUCGGACGCCCGGCAAAAGUGUCAGGCUUCGAGUGGCGACCUGGCUCACGGUUUCAGGGGUUCGGCAUCGACGUUUUUGGCGGCCGAAUUGGAAAGGCGCAAACCCCGGCUCAAGACACAGCUGAUCUGGAUCGGAGUGCAAAAGGAGCCCGGCUUGACUUCGCGCACUUGGAAAUGGGUUAACGGUGAAGUGAUAACCAAACCGACUUGGGGAAAAGACCAACCGAACAACUACAACGGCGAACAGAAUUGCGUGGUUCUCGACGGGGGCCGGGAAUGGUUGUGGAACGACGUCGGUUGCAACUUGGACUAUUUGCAUUGGAUAUGUCAAUACACGCCAACAGUUUGCGGUAGUCCCGACAUCAAAGUCAACAGCACCAUCGCGAGUCCUUACAAUUUUAAGGUGUCGUCGGUCAUCGAAUAUGUUUGUCCGGAAGGUCAUUACACACAGGGCUCGUCCAAAAGAACGUGUGGAGCCAACGGCUUCUGGACGGGAACGGCACCGAGUUGCAAAUACGUCGACUGCGGACCGCUGAACAGUAUCGAAAACGGUUCGAUAAUCCUGGAAGACGGCCGAACCACAUACAAAGCGUCGGCCAAGUAUUCUUGUAAUCAAAAUUACAGUUUAUCUAACGGAGACUCGAAAAGAGUUUGCACCGAAGACGGGAAAUGGAGUGGACGCACCCCACAAUGUUUGUUCGAUUGGUGCGGAGAUCCGGCCGAAGUGUCGGGAGCUACGGUGACCGUCUCGGGUCAUAAGUCCGGGUCCAUAGCCGCAUACUCUUGCCAUCAAGGAUUCGUAGCUGUGGGAGGACAGCAAGAACUCAAAUGCGGACUCGGCGGAGAGUGGUCAGGAAAACCGUUGGUAUGUCGGUUCGUGGACUGUGGGCCGCCACAAAUAAUCGAAAACGGUCAGGUAAGUUUGAUCAACGGCACGACCACUCACGGUAGCAUAGUCGAGUACACGUGCGAGCAAGACUAUUGGCUUCAGCCACACACUAGCCGCCGGCAGAUGUGUACCAAAGAAGCUAAAUGGUCCGCGGAUCCGCCUUCGUGCCAACUGAUCACUUGUCAAGAGCCCGAGGUGCCGGCUGGAGGUUAUGUGGUCGGCUACGACUUCAAUAUCCAUUCGAGCAUCGAAUAUCAUUGCGACGCCGGCCACAAGCUAAUCGGUACGUCGGUGUUACAAUGCAACAGCAACGGAGAAUGGAAUUCAUCGCCGCCGGAAUGUCAAUAUAUCGAUUGCGGUAAACUCACGCCUCCCGUUUACGGCACAAUACACUAUUCCAACGAAACGACUCACCUCGACAGCGAGGUCAGGUACAGCUGCAACAACAACUAUAGAUUGACAGGGGCGGCCAUUCGCCGUUGUUUGGAGAGCCAAGCAUGGAGCGGAACGGCUCCAAGAUGCGAAGAAAUUAGAUGUCCAGAGCCAAUACUACCGGAUCACAGUAUACUGUCGGUGACCAACAACGAUCGGCUAUACGGUCGCACGUUGAUCAGAACGUCGUCGGAUUCGGUUUCGUCUUCUACGUACAAAAUCGGCGCUCUAGUCAAAUAUCGCUGCGAGAGAGGUUACAAGGUGGUCGGCGAAGCUAUUAGCAACUGUGACGACACCGGCGCAUGGACCGGCGUUACACCGCAGUGCAUCUACGUGGAUUGCGGGGUCCCUCAGAGCAUCGACAAUGGGAAAUUCAAUCUCGUGUCCAACGUCACGUACUACGGAUCGGCCGUCAUUUACGAUUGCGAUGAACACUACGAACUGGACGGGCACGGCAGACGACUGUGUCUCGACAACGGUACAUGGAGUUCGGAAACUCCCAGGUGCCAAGAAAUCAAUUGCGAGGAGCUCAGGAACGGCAACAACUUUUCAAUCAAAGUCUUGUCCAGAACGGUGGGCGGUACGGCUCAUUACGCUUGUUCCAAAGGUUAUUUCACCACCGACAACACCACCAGGCAUUGCCUCCCCAAAGGAUCGUGGAGCGGACGAUCUCCUACUUGCCAAAUGAUCGACUGUCAACAUCCGGGACCAAUCGAAAACGGUCGAGUUAUAGUAAUGAACGACACGACGACGUACAACAGUGCGGCAGAAUACCACUGCGUUCCGCAUUUCCAACGAGUAGGACCGUACUUAAGAAAAUGCUUGGACGACGGUCAAUGGUCGGGGGAGCAGCCUUACUGUCAACCUGUGAACGCCAUUACUAGCGACAGUAGAACGUUGGGGCUGGCUGUCAGCGUCGGCGGUGGCGUAGUUUUGUUCCUAGUCAUUCUCCUUGCUUUAAUUUAUUUAAGAUUGAAAAAACCGACUCCGGUUAAAAAUACAGAAAACGUAGAAGGAGCUUUGCGCAAAGAAGAACAAAAUACCGCAGUUAUGUCGUAUGCGUCACUCAGUGAUGUACAGAAUCAUAUUUACGAUUCGGUUACAGACUACACUUACGACGAACCUACAAGUUAUUAUGAACCUUCGCCAGUUUCCAAGGCGAAAUCAGACCAUUCCGGAGCUACCGUCACUAUAAACGGCGUAGCGAUUCGAUAGUGUAACUUGUUACGGCAUAUUCUAAAUCAAUUGUAUUUUUGUAAAUAUUAAUCUAUAUAGUAAUGUAAAAAGGUAGAAACGUAUUAUAGCACAAUUGAUCAUAAUAUAUACUUCAGCAUGUUGAUGAUGAGUACAAUAACAGCUAUAAGUAUAUAAUAAAUUCAUAUAUCCAGUCAUAUGAAUGAUGUUGUAUAAAUAAACGUCGACAAAUGUGUGUAUUUUGUAAACUGAAAUGAUUAUUUUGUGCUGUGUAAACUAGUGAGCUGUGAAAUUAAUUAAAUACUAUGUAUUCAAAA